AUGGAUGAUCCAUUUCGUUAUAAAAAAAAAUUAAAAAUUGAAAAUAAUAAUAACAAUAUUGAAAAAUUAUUUUUUUCUGUUUUUAGAAAUAAAUAUAUAAAAAAUUUAAUAUUCACAAGUUUAAAAUCAGAAUUUAGAAAUGGGAUUUAUAGAUAUGAAGAAAUUGUUAGAGUGGGAUGGAUGAUAAAAAAUGGUUAUACAGAAUUAUUAAAAUGUAAAGUUAUCAGAGGUGAACAAUUAAUAUUCAGUAGUAAUUCACCAGAAGAUGGUCCACAAACUUAUUAUGAUUCAAAAUUGAGAGGUGAUUUCGAUAACACUUAUUUACCUAUAAAUUUAUCAAGAGAUAAAUUAGAUGUUAAAAAAUUUAAAAAAAAAAGAGUUUAUUAUAAAUCAUCAAUUUUCAAUGUUUUCAAAGAUGAUGAAGAAUUUUUUAAAAAUUUAUUUAAAAAUUAUAAAUUAUAUUUUCAAUUACCAGAACAAAAUCAAAAAAAUCAAGAAAAAGAAAUUAAUGAUGAUGACAAUGAUGACGAUGAUGGUAUUAAAAAUAAAAAAUUAAAAUCAUUAAGAGAAAUUAAAUAUUUGUCAUUGGUUUAUGAUAAUGUGGCAUCAAUUAAAGUAAUUAAUGAAUAUUAUUAUUAUUCAAAUGGUAAAAAGUUAUCAUUCAACUUUUUUAAAAAUGCUAUUGCAAUUGGGUCAUUAAAAGUUGCACAAUAUAUUUUCAAUCAAUUAUUUAAAUCAAAUGAUGAAAUUACAGAAUCACAAUUAAAUAGUAUAUGGUCUGAAACCGUAUUUGUACCUGAAAAUAUUUAUUUCACUAAAGAUAAUAAUAAUUUUAAUGAAAAGAUUGAAUUUUUAAUUGAAGAAAUUAAAAUACCACAAUUUAUCAACGAAACACCAAAUGAAUCAUUAAAUUCAAAAAAUACAAAACUUUGUAUUCAACUUUAUGCAUUCUCUUAUCCUUUAUCUUUAAUAAUAGGUUUAUGUAAAACAAUUUUACUACUAAAUAUUUUAAAUAAUGAUUCAUAUAAAUCAAAACUGGAAUCAAUUUUGAAUGACAACAAUAGUAAUAAUAAUAAUAAUAAAAAUAACAAUCCAUUUACAUUAUCUUUAAAAAAUGAUCAAAUGAAAAAUAAUCAAAACCAAGUAAUAAAAUAUAUAAAUGAAAUUAAAAGUUUUAAAAGUUUUAAAAAUCUAGAUGAAUUAAAUAAAAUUUCAAAAUCAUUUACAGAACAAGAGUUAUCAACAAAAAUCGGUGAAUUCAAGUCAAAUGAUAAAAGAGUUAAAAAAAUUUAUGAAAUGGCAAUAAUACACAUUUUUAAAAAAGAAAGUAUAAUUGAAAAUUUUUUAUUUCAUAAAUUUAAAUACAAUAGCAAAAUGAUAUCAAAUGAAGAUUUAAAAUCACAACCUAGUUCAUGUCUUCAUCCAAAUAUGUUUGGUAUAUUUUAUCUUGAAAAAAUUUCUUCACCUUUUGCUUUUAUUAGUAGUGAUUAUAAAAAUCAUGAAAAAAUACAAAUUGAAAAAUUUUCUUCUUUUGCUAAAAUUGAUUAUAAAAAUCCAUUUGAAAAAGUACAAAUUGGUAAAUUUCCAGAUAGUAAAUUUUGUUUUGUUAAAAAUCAAAAAGAAUUAAUUCAUCAAUAUUAUAAAGAUGCAAUCGAACAAAUUCCAGCUCACUUUUCUGGUAAUAUUAAAAUAGACUUAAUUAAAGAGGUCAUAUUAUCAGAUGAUAUUGAGUUGGUUAAGAUGGUAUUUGAGAGUCUUCAUCCACUAAAUUUUAAUACAUCAGUGAUUGAAUCAAUUAAAUCACCAUUGAUGUUUGAUUAUAUUAAAAAUCAACUUGAAAAACUUUCUAAACCAACUGAAAAUUCACUUUGUUUCGAUCAAAUCAUUUCAAAUUAUAAAAUUGCAAACCAUUUUAAAAAUUAUUAUUAUCAACAAUAUUCAUUAUUUUCUGGUCAAGAAAAUAUUUCAAUUUCAAAAUGUGAUAUUAAUUUUAUGAUUGAAAAUUUUAAUGAUUUCAAAAAUAAUAUUAAUUUAAAUACAUACAUUGGUCAACAAUUUACAAGAAAAUCAAAUGAAGAAAUUCAAGUUUCAACUUUAAAUAAAUUAAUAGAUUGUAUUGAAAAUAGUAAAAUUGAAAGUUUAAGAUAUAUUUGUCCAAAAGUUGAAUGCCAUUAUCAUGUUUUAAAAAAUUAUCCUCAUAAAAUUAAAACUGAUGAUAAUGAAGGAUUAUUUACUUGCUAUUAUUUAAAUGGUCAAUUUGAUAAAAUGAAAGAAAUGAUAUUUUCAGAAAAUGGAUGUGUUAGAUUUGUUGAAAUUUAUACAAUUUUUGAAAUCGUUAAAAGAAAUGAUAUAUCAACAAUUGAAUUUUUAAUAAAUUCAAGACAACAACUACAACAACAAAAUGAUCAAACACAACAAACAAGACCAAAAGAACUUUUCAUUGAAUUAAUUAGGGCACUUAAAAAUGCUGCUCGAAUUUAUGGAAACCUUAAUAUUUUAAAAAACCUUAAAGAUUAUUUUGAAACAAUGGAUUUUGAAGGUGAUUUCUAUAUUUCUUUUCAAUAUGGAUAUAUUGACAUUAUUGAUUUUAUAAUUAAAGAUUUAAAAUUUGAACCAAAUCUUUCUAGAUUUGAAGAAACUUUAAAAAAUCAAUCAUCAUCUAAUAAUUAUACAUUAACAUCUUACUUUGAAAAAGUAUUUGGAAAAGAACCCAACCAAAUAGGUUUUUCAAUAUUAAAAUAA